UCAAAAGGAAAAGAAAGCAAAAGGAGAGACAAUGGAAGCGGAAACAGAGCAAAACGACAACGCUACUAGCCAAAACGACACUUCAUGGAGCUCUACAACGAACUGGAUCAUCGCUGAUGGCUCUCUCGUAAACUCAAUUACUUUCGAGUCCAGUUUGUCUCCGACCAUUGACGGCGACGAUGAUAAUCAAAACUCUGACGAAAAUCAGACUUCUAAAUCUCCUCUUGUUCUGUACCCUCCCUCACCUGAUCAAACGCCCUGCGAGAUCACAAUUAAUUUUGCACGAAAACAUGAGGUGCAGCAGGUUUAUGUGCGGAGUACAGCUCGAGUGUACGAGAUAUAUUAUGCUUCUAAUCUUCAGAGUAGCAAUGAAUAUCUUUGCACUGUUCGCUGUGGUGUUGCUACUAGAGAUGAAGAAGUGCUUCACACCCCUGAUAUCGGUGAAGUUACUUUGACAAAUCAGGAGGGAGAUGGUAAAGAGUCGGAUGAAAAGAGAACCAAAGGUGAGAGUAGUUCGAGCACCAAUGAAGAUGGCUGGGUUGAAGUGAAAGAUUUUGAUUCUCCUCGAUUUGAUAAUGGAAAUUCUCCGCCGGCAAAUUCUGGUGCAAAGACAGGAGGGAGCAUAAUGGAUUUUUAUGAGGCUACGGCGCAGAUCACUGAUGCAGACCCCUGCAUGUCCAUUACAGUCAGGCUGCUGUCACUUCAGAAUAAAGGAUGUGUGUUUGUUGAUGAGAUCUAUGUGUUUGGUGAUCCUGUCGAGCCAGCUGAUUCAGAAAAUGUAACAAGUCAGACUGGAAACCGUGAUGGCAGUUCUCUUAUGGCCAUGUUUGUGCCUACCCUUUUGCAGUUAUCUAAAGCAAGAAGUGUGGGCCGGAUACAAGAUGAUCGUAUUUUAGAUGCGAAGGAAAAGCAGAAAAUGCAAGAAAUUAGCUCACAAGCUACUGAUUUAACUAAUUCUGCAAACAAAAUUCAGCAGGAAGUAAAGUUGCAGGAAACAGUUGGCUCGGCAGCGAUAGCAUCCCAGAUUGAGAUGCCUUCUCGACUUUCGGAUGGAGAAAGCAAGCCUGACUUAUCAAGUAGUCAUGAUGGAAAAGUCCUGGACCAUCUUGUUUUUCGCGUGAGCAGAAUAGAAGAUCUCCUUUUGAGGUUUGAAGAACGUAUGCUAAAGCCUUUAAAUAGCAUUGAAGCAAGGCUCCAGCAUGUAGAACAGCAGAUUGAAGAACUCAACAAGAAGCCCCAGAAUUCCGAAUUGCGGUGUUGUACAAGAUUUUCUGCUCCAGAGUUUUCUUGCCACGAGUUGGAUGAUUUCUUAGAUAAUAAUGAAAAUAAUAUGCCCGUGUCAGAUGAGAAGGGUUCUCCUUUAUGUAUCCCAUCUGAGGAUGGAGCAGAUUUGGCAAAUGCUAGUCAGUCUCCCUCAAGUCCUGUAGUCACUGCUCCUGACAUUUCACAUGCUGCUGAUGAGGAAGAAGAUGAUGAACUGGAAGCAGUGGCAGAGUCUUCAAAAGAGGAACCAAAACGUAUUUUAUCAGUUGAUGAUGCUUUAGCAUCUGCACUUGCAGGACUAUUGUCUUCAACAUCAGCUGAACCUCAGAAAUAUACGCAAGCUCUUGCUAUUAAAGCUCCUGAUUUUUCUUCUGAGGAAGAUAGCAACAGUGGCAAAAAAGCUUCACGAGAAAUUAAAGAUGGAAUAGCCACUGAUCCUCCAAUCCACUACACUGUAACUGAUGAGACAGAAUGCAUAAAUGAUUCGGUGUCAACUUCUUCAAAUAUUCACUUUUCAGAGAGUGAAUUGGAGGUGAUUAAAUCUUUUGACGAUCACUACUUGGAGGAUACUGAGGAAUCGGUUGAUGAGAAAUGCUGGUUCAAUGAGGAAGGAAAAGAUGAUUCACAGGCCAGGGGUAUCCAGGAUGCAGCUGCUUCAGCUGGGCAAGAGAUUACAGAGAUUGAUUUGCAUCAGAUAACGGAGGACAUAGAAGGUUUAGAAGUUAUCAACCGAUUAAGCAACACUUCUGUUCUUGAUGAUUGUGAGGCUGUGAACCAAUUUCUUGACAAUCAGAUGGAUGAUGGCUCAGAUUCUACCCAGGAUGUAGCUUUUGUGAACUCUGAAUUUACCACUACUACAGAAGUCAAGGAUGAAGAAUCUGACAAAGCAAUUCUGCAGAACAUUCUUGAAUUUCCAUGUGCUUCUUCCAUUGUAGAUUUUAAAAUACCAAUCCUGGAUGUUAAGUUUGUUUCUCAGGAUAUUUCCCAUACCAGGUCUCUUCUUGAAGCCUUUUUGGCGGACAUCCCUGAUUCUAGCGAUGAAGCUCGUGCUACUGAAAAGGAUAAUGGUUCUCAAGUUGGCGAGCAAUGUAACUUGAUUUCAGUGGAUGAUUAUGAAUCGACAAUUCCAACAAGCACUAACCGUUUCUCUGUGGAUGUGGACUACUGCAGUUUAGGAGAGAUACCAUUAACCGUUGAGGAUGAAGGACUGCGGGAAUAUUAUACAAGCAACAAAGGAGAGUGUGGGGUGGGACUCAUAUAAAUCGACUCUUGUUUGUUUAUAACUGAUAUGGUCAUCUGUGUGCUUGCAGCCAGGUACGAAAGCUGUGGAAAUAGGCAUAACCUAACUGAAAAUGUUAGGUUGUAUAUAAAUAAUCUGGUUUAGACUUAGCAAAGCUUUGUGUUCAUUGAAAGUAGCAUUGUUCCAGAUUGAGAUUGUUAUCCUUCAUAUGCUUAAACUAGCUUAAUAGCAACAGAUUGAUGAUUGCAGUUUGGCGAUUUUAUUAAUUGUCCAUGGCCUUUUUUAUCUUCA